CCUCAACAUUCCAGUGACGACAGCGGGGUAGCGAGUAAGUAGUAUUGCCUGGUGAGGUCACCAAAGAUGAGACUCCUUCUCCCUAUAGCUCUACUGGUAUCCCUAGUUCAAGCCACAUCUCCUCCUCAAAACUACAUCAACACAGCCAUAGCUCGUACCGUCGAAUUGGGAGGAGCGACCACUUCCAUCACCACACAAUACAACAUCAAAUCCCUCAUUGAUGAUCCUUCAGAAUAUUGGUUAGCUCUCGCAGGCUCUGGAGAUUUGGAACCUGCUUGGUGGGAAGUCAAACUUGGUGGGCAAGAUGUCGAAUCUAGAUUACUUUUGCAUUCCGAGGCUCGUGCACCGACUGUUGUUUUAUCAUUGGGAAAAUUGAAGAAAGAUCAAGCUGUGACACUGUCUGUCAAUCAACUUUUGACUCAUUGUUCAACACCUUUACCCGCUGAAAUCGCACAAACCGAUCCGCAGUAUCUGAUGUGGAACAGUGAUUCAACUUAUGUGGACAGUUGGUAUCCCACAGAAGUAGAGAGGAUCAAAAUUAGAUCACCUACAGCUCAGAUAUUGUCAGUGUCAAAAGUCCCCAAGGAGUAUAUCAGAGAUUCAGACGUGACGAAAGCUUCGGGUACGGUAACUUUAGGUCCUUUUCAUGGCGUUCCUCCUACACUUGGUGGGGAUUUGAAACAGUCGAGUCUGUCGGUACAUUACGAGACCAAUCAACCAAUCAUAGGUUUGUCAUCUUUGAGAAGGAAUGCAGAGGUUAGUCAUUGGGGCGGAAAUUUGAAUAUUCAAGAUGAGAUGGCUUUGGUGAAUAUGGGGCCAAAACUCAAAGGCUUCUUCUCUCGAUUGACUCAUCAACAAUCCAGAUUUCACGCUUCCACUCCCGCCCAAAUAUUCACAGACCUAACAAUUCGUCUUCCUCCAAACGCCCAUUCGGCUUAUUUCUACGACACUAUAGGUAACGUCUCUACAUCUCAUUUCCGUCCUGGUACUUUACCAGCUAUAUCGACCAAGAAACGAGCGGCAAGGACAGUCGACGCUACUCUGGAGUUGAAACCGAGAUAUCCAUUGUUGGGCGGAUGGAAUUACAGUUUUGUCGUUGGAUGGGAUUUACCAUUGGGGGAUGCUUUGAAAGUCAAUGGAGAUAAAUAUGUUUUGGCUGUACCGUUUUUGACACCUGUGAAAGAUAUGGUGAUUGAAGUUGCGGAAUUGAGGAUUGUUCUUCCUGAAGGAGCUCGUUCCGUAGAAGUCUUCACACCCUUCCCUGUCGACUCCAUCGAUCACACGACUCACAAAACCUAUCUCGACUCGACGGGAAGACACAUGAUAACCAUUCGAAAAACCCGAUGUACAGAAUUCCAUGCUCAGUCAAUUUAUGUGACUUACGAAUACCCUUUGUCGGCACUAUUGCAGAAACCUCUGACUGUGGCGGCUGUGGUGGGAGGAUUGUUCGUCUUGUCCAUGGGACUGAGGAGGGUGGAUUUGCAGAUAGAAAAGAAGUAGAGUGUGAAUCUAUGCAUAUUUUCAUGAUGGUAUG